AUGGUUAAAGAGCGCCCCGUCCCCACAAGAAGAAGGAAUGGGAACGCAAGUUUUUCCUGCGCUGUGAAUGUUCUCGGAUUCAUAACAAUGGUUGGAGGUUUCGUUUCACCCUACUGGCUUCAAUCCUAUUCCAGAAUUCACAUGCCAUUCUCACGUCUUGGUCUGUGGGAGUUUUGCCUGAAUGGGUUCGUACCACAAAACGACAUAAGUAUGCAGUCCUAUUAUGGAUGUUGGUGGAUUUAUUCUCCUUAUUUGGAUACCAUACGGGAUAUUUUGACACCUUGGUGGUUCAUCAUUAUUCAAGUAUUUAUGUCGAUUUCAUUGUUUCUCUAUUCUCUCAGUGUCAUCUUGUUCUUUGUGUAUUUAUUUGGCGAGUUUUCAAACUCAAAAGUGCCGGCAGUUUUGUCUUUAUCGAUUGCUUUAGUUGAUUUCACCGCCGCAUGCUUAAUCACCACAUCGAUCAUCAUAUUUGGAAUCAAUCAACUCAAUCCAGACUGGAUGCCAUAUCCAUUUCAAAACUGGCCUUCGUCGGGUUUUGGAUUGGCGGCCUUGAGUGGAUGUCUUGCAUUUAUUACAACCGGAUACAGUGCUGUGCAAUUCAGAAUUGACAAGAAACUUCAUGAAGAAGAUGCCUUUAACUUUCCUCUUGUGACCAGACCCCAGAUGGAACCAGAGGUGAUUCUCAAGAGACUCAUUCGAAAUCCAGUUCAAUCUAUCGUUUAUGAGGUUCUCCUUCAACUGGCUGUGCUAGAUCAGGCCGCCUCACGUUUCAAGUGGUACAAUAUUCAAUAUAUCGGAACACUUUUUAUCGACCUACCACACUACUUAUAA